AAUCACUAUAGUUUUACGUUAUUUUCAAAUUAUUCAUAUCAGGUUCAAUGAUAAGAAAUAAAAAUUUGGAUAUUCAAUUUAGUUUCAAUCAAUAUGUAUUCGUUCAUGUAUAAUGUGAUGUUUCAUAUUUAAAUAAAAACAGCUAAUGAUUACUUCAAUGAGUGUCCGUGAUGAACCUUGAAAUCAAUUUAUAAAAUUUGUUAAAAUAUAAAGACGGUAAUAGACGUGACACAUUGAAUUACACGAAGGUCUUGCAAUCAUCGUGAUUAAUAAAAUCAUCAUAAUUAUACGUGUAAUGCAUCGUCAAGGAUCAUUUGUAGGUUUCUAGAUAAUGAUCAGUAAAAUUUGCAUUAAACGCGUAAAUUACCAAUAAGUGGAAGAUGUCAGACUUAAUUUAAUAUGCCGCCUGCAUACUGCAGGUGAACGAUUCGUUAAUGAAAGAAACCUUCGACUUUAUUGAUACAAUUCCCGUUGAGAAAAAUGAAUAAUGUUUGUUCGUUGCACUGUAUUCUCAAUUAAAUAUUGUAAAAUGUAAGAAAAUUUCACAACGAUUUCCUGAAAAUUAUUAUAAGUUAUUUUCUAGCACACAGUUGGACAAUUAACUACCACAGCACAUAUUUAUUAUUCAUCUUUUAUCUGAUAAAGACCAUCGCGUUAUUUAAGGCUGUAUACUUAGUAUCGCGCAACUUGCAAUAAUUAAUAACAUUGCCACACGUGCUGAGUAAAUUUUCAUCGAAUAAUAUAUAAUGUACCAAAGAAAACAAAACGAAAAAUUUAUACAGAAAUAGGAGAACAAAUGCAACGAACACCUUUUUAAUCAAUGAAUAAAGUAAAGUGCUUUUACUGUUUUAUAAUAACAACACAUUUUAACUUGUUUUAUCGGUCUGAUAUAAUUUGUAUGCAUUACACGAUUGUUACAUAGUAGGAGAAAAUUGAAAGUAUAAAUGAAUUGCAUUCAGUUGCAUGCAAGUAUUCAGCUUGCACUUUUGUCUUGUGCAAGCUCGACAUAUUUAGUUUUUUUGAAUUGAAGAAUCAUCAAACUAUUUAAGAAAAUUAUUCGAUGAAAACUGUUACCAUGUUGCCAAUGUUCCUUUUGGCGAUACAUCAAAUGCGUUAUUCGGAAUAUCUAACGACUAUUAAUCAACCGAUUCAACAACUCCUUAAUACAACAAAGUUCUCAGAUGUGCAUCUGAUUGUUCACGAUCCUUACAAAAACAAAUCUGAAGUAAUUGAUGGGAUAUACAAGACAGUAGCUGAAAUUCUACCAACGACAUACAUUUUUUUAAAUAAUUCAAUUCCUGCAAAAUUACCGUCUAUUUAUGCAUCUCAGAAGACUCUAUUGAUAUUUAUUUACUUCGCUAAUAAUUGUCCAAAUUUGCAACGAUCAAAAAAUAUUAUUGACACAAUUACUUCGAACAACAAUACUGCAAAAGUUUUGUUGAUGACUGUAUUAGAAGAAGAAAAUUGCAAUUUUCUAUCAUUUUUGGAGCAAAUGUGGAAGAACCAUAUUUUGGAUGUGAUGAUCUUAGAGGUACCAAAAUUCAAAGAAGAUCAAACUGCUAUAAUGAUCCAUCAAUACAAUCCAUUUUCAAAAAUUUAUGAUCGACAACCGUACACAUCAAGUGUAGAAUGGUUUCCCAAUAAAUUGAAGAAUCUCUAUGGCUAUGAACUAAAGGGCUCCGUGUUUUCCCCACCAAGUAUUUUGAAACAGCAAACAGAUUCUGGAGGAGAUAUAAUUAUUGAUGGUCCUGACGCAAAGAUUUGGGACGGGAUUGUUCAAGCUUCAAACGCCACUCCAAAAUUAUUUCUUAUUAAACCCAAAUCGUUUGCCGAAUUUCAUGUAUUGAUGAAAAACAACGACACUGAUAUAUUGAUGGCAUUAAUAGCUUAUUUCAAGGAUCCGAAUUUUGCAUCACUUGAUAUUACUGUGCCUCUCUCUUUUGAAAGAUGGUGCCCAGUGGUACCAAUUGUUCGUGAGUUUAAAACAUUUGUAACGAGAGCUGUUAUUGGUAUAGCUAUAAAUUGCAGUGUGAUUUUAAUUGCUUGGAGAAUAUCAGUUAUCCUAAAAUUUGAUCAGAAAUCCUGGCGACUAUUGAAAAUCUUUGGUACAUUGAUUGAUACAUCUGUGUCUAUGGAACCAAAAAGAUUAAUUGAGAAAAUUAUGAUUCUGGGUCUUAUUUUUGUGUCAGCUAUUGGUUCUAGUCAGUUAUACGCUAAUCUGACUUCUAACAGUUUUCAAGAACCGUCUCAAAGAGUUUGUAAGGAUUUUAAAGAGUUGAAUAAUUCUGGAUUGGUUCCUCUUAUCUUUUCACCGUUAUUCAAUGUAACUGUCUUUAAUGAUGAUCCGUAUUUCGCUGCACUAAACAAGAAAGCGAUGUUCCCGAAAUCUUUAAAUUAUUGCACUGAUCUUCUAGUGAAAUAUAAAAAUGUUACUUGUUUUGGGCGAUACAAAGCAGCCGAGGAAAUUAUUCAUUCUUACUUACGUAGAGGUGAAAACGUAAUGACCAUCUGUGAGAAUCUCUGUUACGCUACAACACCGGUUGGAUAUUUCAUGCGAAAGAAUUCAGUAUACACUGACCGAAUUAACGAGAUUCUGAUACGUUUACAAGCCUCAGGCCUUUUUGAAAAAUGGUUCACGAAACAGACGAAAAAAUAUUCAUUAACGAAAACGCACUUUAUUGAUGUUGAUGAGCAGACGGAAUCAUCAUUACCGUUUAAUCUGAUUCUUAUAGUAGGCUGCGGAUGUUUACUUUCUUUCUUGGUAUUUUGUGCUGAGAUAAUAAUCAAUGGUAUUGAAAAAAAUAAGCAAAAAUAAUGAGUAUUUGCACAAUUAAAUGUAAGAAGCAUUGCAUGGUUUUCAUUGUUCACUGCACGAAUCUUUUGCUUAGGGACAUUCAAACAAUCUAAUAUUAGAAGCAUAGGAUUUAAUGAUCUUGUACUUUAGUUGAGU